AAGGGGAAGAUUACUCUUAGGGAAGCAAAAUGGCCUCUUCCAUGUUCACUAAAAAAAUAUGUGCAUCAUGUUAUUUAUCUGCACAUCAUUGGAAAACUACAAUAAGACACUCAUCAGCCACAUACUAUGUUCUUCUUCCUGAAGUUCCUCCAGAUACGCCUGAAACUAAUGCUAUCAUGCGUUUUAGAAAUCCAGCAUAUUCUACACUAAGACCAGAUGGCUGCGUAACGGGACCAGCAAAACUUUCAAUACAAUAUGAAACAAAACUUGGAAAUCUUAUUGAAAAACUGAAAGAUCCUAAAGAUGAAAAGACUUUUGAGAGUGUCUUUGAACCAAUUGAAAGAGCAGAUGUUCCAUUGAGUUAUGCAUACAACACUGUUAAACUUUUUUACUUUAUCAAGAAAAAUACAGACUUUGAGAAGGCUUUUUUACGGAUGAAUCCGCAAGUGGAAAAAGCCAGAGCGGAGCGUUGGUUAAGUGAAACCUUGUACGAUUCAGUCAAGGAAGUAGCAGCAAACCGCUCUAAUCUAAAUGAAUAUCAACAAAGAUUAAUAGAUAUCUAUCUGCUAGAAGCAAGGAAACAUGGUGUAGAACUUGGACCUAAAAAAAAGGAAUGUACUGACCUGAUCAAAAUGAUGAAAGGAUUUGCUGUUUAUUUCAACCGAAAUGUUCAUUUGUGUACAAAAAUGUAUUCUGAUGUUAUAAAUAACUUUUCUUACAUCAAAGAUCUACCCCAUUCUGUGAUAACCCAUAUAGCAGCAGACAGAUCAAAUCCAACUCAAGGGCCUUGGACUAUUACCUUGGAUCCUCCUGUAUAUCUUAGUGUUUUAAAUAGUUGUUCUGAUAGAAUAACAAGAUAUAAAGCAUGGAUUGCUUAUAAUACAAGAUGUGGUGUUGAAUUUCAUAAACGAAAUGUAGACAAUAAACAGUUACUGAAUGACAUAUUAUUAUAUAGAGAUGACUAUGCUAAGUUGUUGGGUUAUGGAAAUUAUGCAGAACUGUCAAUGGAAAAUAAAAUGGCAGGAUCUCUUGAAAAUGUUUUAACAAUGCUUGAGACGUAUAAGACCAAAAUUGGACCUAUAGUUAAUGAGGACAUAGCCGAACUUCAGCAGUUUGCUUCAUCAAAGGGCUUUGAUGGAAAAUUAGAAAUGUGGGAUGUUCAAUAUUGGAGAACAAGACAUAGAAAUCAUAUCAUUGGUUCUGAUUUAGAUCAUAUAUCCGAAUAUUUUCCUUUUGAAACCGUGUUAGAAAAGUUGUUUGCCUUUUUUAAUCUGUUAUUUGGAAUAACAAUUAGGGAAUCAAAUAGUAAAAUAGAUGUAUGGAGUGAAGAUGUAAGAUAUUUUAAUGUGUAUGAUGAAAAUGAUGAAGAAGUAGCAUCAUUUUACAUGGAUCCUUAUGCAAAGAAUGGUAAGAUGUCCUAUAAAAUGAGUGUAGCUAGAGAUAGAAGUGAUCUUGUUGGGACAAAACCAUUGUCGUAUCUCUGUCUAGAUCUAGACCCUCCACUCACCAAGAAUACCCCAGUAGUGAUGAACUUUCAAGAUUUAUAUUAUUUAUUAAAAGAUAUGGGUCUUGGUUUACAACAACUGUUAACUAAGGUGCCAUAUUCUGAGUUGACAGGACAAAAAAAUAUGGAACUUGAUGCUGUAGAUAUUUGUGCUAAUGUUAUGAAAAGAUGGUGUUUCCAACCUCAGUUUUUACAGAAUAUUAGCAGUCAUGUUGAAACUCAGAAACAGAUGCCACUAGAGCUAGCAGAAACUUUAAUUAAAGACCGCUAUCAUUUUAGACGAUAUAACUUUACAAAUUUACUCUACUUAAGUGCUCUGGAUAUGGAACUGCAUGUUAGUCAAGAUGACUGGUCUGACAUCAUGACGAGAAUAUGGAAAGAGUAUAUGCCAUUACCGUUAAAUAGAGAGGAUACUCAUCCAUACUCCUUUGUAGACAUUAUAUCAGGGGGAUAUGAGGCUGGAUUUUAUUCUCACGUAUGGUCUAAUAUGAUAGCUGCUGAUAUUUUUGAAGCUUUUAAAGAAGUUGAUCAUAAUAAACCAGAACAAAUACGAGAUAUUGGUAAAAGAUUUCGGGAUACAUACUUGUCAUUAGGUAGUGGUAUUCCAGCUGGUGAAGUAUUUAGGAGAUUCAGAGGUCGUGACCCUUCUCUUGAUGCUUUGUUAGCUGAAUAUGGUGUCUCAACAGAUUGAACUAUAUAUGAAAGUUGUGUUUCCAUGGUGGUUUAACAUGGUUUUACUGGUGUUAGAACCAUCAUGAAAAUCUGCUAUUGUAGAGGUGAAAAACAAAACUAGAAGCGUGUGGUGAUUCAAUGUACAAUUAUUUUUAAAAGAAUAUUGAAUAUAACUUAAGUUAGAAUGUUACAGAAGCAUUACAAAAGAAAUACCUACUUGUGAUUUGGCCUAAACAUAACCAAUGCUGUUUUCGUUACUACUCAUAUUUCAUGUAAACAUCAGUUUCAAAUAGAAUUCAUUACCGUUGGGUAUUUGUCUUUCCUACUUAAGAACUCGGCAUCACUGAAGUAUCCUGAGUUCCUGACUUGUGACAUUAAUGGAAAGAUGGCAGAGAAUUAUGAAAUAAUGAUUGCUACAGUUUUUCAAAUUAGAAAGCAAGCAACCUGUCCAUAUUGAAAUAAAGAAAUGGGCACAAACAAAUGGUCAGCACGACUUGCAAGUUGGAAACAUUAGUUUCUUCAAAGUUAACAAAUACAGUCUAUAACUAAUUAUGCAUUUGAAAUUUGUUUCAACCAAUACAUUCCAUGUACAAGAAAAGCUGUAGUCUGGGGUUGUGCUCGGGAAUGAUGAAUUGGCAGAAAGAAAGAGGAAGAAAAAAAGUGUGCAUAUGAAUAUCUCCCCAGCAUAACCAAGGACAAGGGCUUUCUGGAACAUAUAUGUAUACCAUUUAAUUAUAGUUUAUUAUAAGUUUACAAUGCCCUUCUAACCAUGCAUUAUAAAGUUUAGAAUUCCCCCCUAAGAAAGCUUUAUAAAGUUUAGAAUAACCUGUGUGAGUAAAUGCAGUUGUGGUUCGUCUGUAUUUUCUCACACAGGUUAUUCUUAAAUGAUGAGCCCUGUAAGCUGGUGAGCUGGUUAUUUCACAUACAGAACUAUCUUCUAAGAUCAAUGGAAAUAUCAUAGGUUUAUAUAAUAUAUUACAAUGGAAAGUUCCAUUUAUAGCAAGCAAAUUGUGCUGUUAGUGGUAAUAGGUUACCGCCAUAAUAACAAGAAUGAAUUUGUAUAUUUAAACUCUUAUACUGUACAAUAAAUUAUUGUAUAAUUGUGAAAUAAACAUUUUAUUCUCAUGA